AUGCUAUCUAAGAAGCGUAAAUAUGAAGAGGCUCAUCGAGCUUUUAAUACAGACUGGGAGGAAGAAUUCGCUUUUAUAGAAAGAAACGGUAAGCCAACGUGUCUUUUAUGUCAAGUAACUUUGUCACAGUUCAAGGCCAGUAAUCUAAAACGCCAUCAUGACAGAAACCGCAGUAGUUUUAAUAAAGAUUUUCCUUUUGGCUCCAAGUCAGGGAAAACCAAACUUAAAUCACUAAAAGAAAAACCUGUGACUGUUUCAUCACCAAUAACAAAUAGUACAGCAGUUGGAGAGUUGCAGCUACUAGAACUGCAAGAGGAUGAAGGACUAAAAGGACUCAAACGAGUGGGGUUUCUACCAUAG